UUCGUUUAAAACGCAAGCAAGAUGUUAGGAAGCGAACGCGAGACGUAUAAACAGUAUGUCGGCUUUUAACUCCGUAUGCUGAUUUACAGUAGAAAGCUUGUUUACAGGAUAUUAGAUCCCACGCGCUGUUAAGGGAUGAAGGUUGAUGCCUCGCGCUACCCGGAAGUCCAGGCUGCAGAAUCCACACAAAUGUCAGCUGCUGUUUGUAGAUCAACCUAGAAACGGAUCCAGGCACGAUUAUGGACCACGGAUAAGAAGCGCAAUUAAUCCGAGGUCCUUUGUGUCAGAGCGAUCAAGGCAAAGCGUCCCAGUUCGUUCAUGGGUGUCUCCUCAGUUUACCUCACUGGAAGAUACAGCAGACAGACGUGUUCGACAAAGGAAGAAGAAUCAUCAGCUCCCCACAAGCACCUUAAAUAGAACAUCGCUUUCGACUCAGUUGAGAUCAACUGCCUGCAAAUAUCCGACAUUGUUAUUUGCUACAAGUAACUCGGUUCCAUUGAGAAGUCUGAGAGCUCUCGGUCAAAACAGUACUGUGUCCCAUGUUGGGGAUUCUCCAGAAACAAGACGUCCUCAGCGUCGGAGUGACGGAAGCAUUGCUCCAGUCAGCCGUGAUGAUGUGCCGAGGCCGACUUCUCUAAACACGGUGGCAUGUAACGCGAGUACAUCAGGAGCUCAAGUCACCCCUAAACACGCAAAUUUUACAGCUGGGAAACGGACAAGCUCUUUUACACCACAUGCAUCUACAGCUGAAACUAACAGCGUUCUCACUCCCCCUCACAUACAGACUCCAGAAAUGCCAUGCUGCGGACACACAGCUUCAUCUUCCUUUCUCAGCCUCCUAUUUUCCCCAAAUCAACCAAAAACUCCUCCGAGAACUACCACCAUCUUAGUAAAAGACACACCAGAGAGUGACUAUGGGUUGAAAGUGACCUGGAGAAGGAGGAAAAAAAUCAAGCAAUUACUCACACAGCGAGGUCAACUUCUUGACACUGAGGCCAUGAUCAGCAAUCAGUGGUCUGAGGUUGUGUGAAUGGAAGAAAUAAAUACUUGUGUAUCUAUCUUAUUUUUAAGAUAUAUUUUGGCAUACUGUAUGAUGGACCACACUGUAUAGAAAAAAAGUGUUGAAUGAAAUAAAUCUGAUUUUUUAUUUUGCACUAUACCCUUA